GCAUUCAAUGAAAUGCUGCAUCUGUUUAGAUUAAUACAAUUUGUUUUAAAAAAGCAGAAAUAGUGAAGCGAUGAGAGACGUGCUCUCCUUAUAUACGCAAAGAAUUCAUAGUAGGAUUUUGGAAAAUAUGCGAUAUAUAUUGUCUGCAUUUUAACAACAGGAUGUUAUCCUGAAAGAAUCAGCAAUAAAAACCGACUUGGACAAUCAGGAAGUUUUGAUAAAAUACUUCGAUAUGGCGUUCAACAAUACCGAUACGUAUCCGGAAAAUACAACUGAUACACUUUUGGAUCAAAGGAUGCGACCAAACUGUUCUGUAGGCGUAAAUGGAACUAUUCAUGCCUCCUGUAGAACAAGAUCAAGACCACCUGUCGAGGAUGGUCAAAAAGCUUUUCUGGUCAUCCUCGUCAUUCUUAUCGUCGUUGCAAAUACAGCUGUCUUAGUCGCCAUCUAUCUUUCAAAGAAUAAAACACGGAUGAACUUUUUCAUCAUGCAGCUUGCAAUUGCAGAUCUACUUGUUGGAUUGUUUCACGUCACAUCCGACUUGGGACAAAAGUACUCAAUUGAAUGGAUUGGGGGGGAUGUCACCUGUAAACUCGUGCAGUUUCUAAAGGUGCUUGUGUCAUAUGCUUCUACCUUCGUACUGGUUUCAUUGAGUAUUGACAGAUUGGAUGCGAUCGCCAGACCUCUUAACUUCUCGAGAAGUGGACAGCGAUCGAAGAUUCUUAUAUUCCUUGCCUGGUUUAUAUCCUUUGUGUUCAGCCUACCACAGUUUUUCCUAUAUAAGGGUUAUACCUACUGGAGUAUAUCAGUCUGUGGUAUGACCUUAACCAAGACAUGGCAAAUCAAGCUGUAUUUCAUAUUGUCUGCUGUGGCCAUUUUCAUCGUCCCAGCAGUGAUUGUUACAAUGUGUUACAUAGUGAUCGUCUACGUGGUUUGGAGCAAGUCAAAAGCAUUAACACCUCAGACAGAGCGUUCCACAAAAACGUCAUCAAAAGGAUGGUCAAUAAGGAAAUUACAAAAUGGUUCUUCAAAUGGAACAGCAUCGACGAAGACGUCGAGUUCAUCCAGUAAUAGAGGGGUAAUACCACAAGCCAAGAUUAGAACAAUCAAGAUGACGUUAGUCAUCGUAAUAGCAUUCAUUGUGUGUUGGGCGCCUUAUUUUGUGUACAAUUUUCUUGACGUCUUUGGCUACACAUCCAAUGUAAAAGUCUCCAUAUUCGUACAGAGUCUAUCGUCGUUCAACAGCGCAGCCAACCCCUUGAUAUAUGGCCUAUUCAGUUCAAGAAUCUGUAGGAAUCUCAGAUGCCAGGUUAUAUGUUCAACUGAUACUAGACGCCAAGUAAGAGAGACUACUCGAAUUUUAAGUUAUCCAAAUAAUUCAUGCGCAUCAAGGCAUGUAAUUGGUUCAUAGACACGUUUUGCUGUUGCUGCGAUACGCUUAAAGUUGACACAAAGAGAAACACGUCUAUGUACAACUCAUCGCUCGGUUACCAUGGUAGCAGCACUAUGUAUACAAGUGCGGGGGAUCAGGAAGGGAGACGGAGUAUGAGAGGACAGGACUCAAAUAGACGAAUCACUCGUGAUGAUAGUUUGGAACAAAGGUCCACUCUUCUUAUGAAACCAAUCAAUGAAGGAGCCGAUGAGGGACGUAGGGAAUUUGAAGACAUCAAACUUGACAAUGAGAAUGCGACAGUUGUAUAAUGACACUUAAUAUAGUGUAUAAUUUAAUAAAAAGUUAAUUUUCCACGGGAAUAUGAACUAGACAUGAACGAUUCAGAGCGGCCAUUGUUGCUUAGAAAAUAUAUAUAAAUAUUGUUAGUAGUUUAUAAAUAAGUCUUGUCCAUUUGUAGAUAGAUUUGGUUAAGUGAGGCCAUUCGUACUCACAUGGAUUAUUUCAACAGUCUCUCAGCACAAUAUAACCCCCUCCCCCCCCCCCCCUUCGUCGUUUACAUAGCCUACCCAUUUCUCUACCUCGAGAUGAUCCCGGUCCCACCAUUUCAUCGCUCUUAUUUUCCAUCACUGCAAUUCCCCGAUCAGUCAUUAAUAGUUUAUCUCCAAAUCAUUUGGAUACAUCAGGAUCCUACUGUUCCUAUAGUAAGGUGAAUAAAA